AUGUCAGAGGGAGACGGUAAACCCCUCCAGGCUCUGGAAGCCAAGGCAGAGACGGUGACCCCCAGUGGCCAGGGACCUGCGUCCGUGUCCCCUCCUGUGUCGGGGCCCCCCGCCACCACCCCCACAGAGGAUGAGGAGGAGGAGGAGAGCGAAGACGAGUCCGAGAUCCUGGAGGAGAGCCCCUGCGGCCGCUGGCAGAAACGCAGAGAGGAGGUGAGACAAGAGAGACCAUUGGACUGUCAAUGAACAUUUUGCAACUGUGUUUGUGGAAGUACUGAACCAUGUCUCUGCCUCUGUUCUCUCCCCCAGGUGAACCAGCGGAACGUCCCAGGGAUAGAUGCUGCCUACCUGGCCAUGGACACAGAGGAGGGGGUGGAGGUGGUCUGGAACGAGGUCAUGUUCUCAGAGAGGAAGAACUUCAAGCUGCAGGAGGUACAGCAUGCCUGGCGGCAACACCAGCAGGAUGCUCAGUCUGAAAUCAGACCCUCAGUAUCCAUUUAUUGAUGCACGAUUUAAUCUGACCUCCAAUUCACACAGCUCACAGCUUCCUUUCUAAGUAGCUGAAUACAGGCAGCCCUGGCCUUAAAAUCAAAUCAAAUCAAGCUUUAUUUAUACAGCACAUUUCAGACAUGGAAUGCAACGCAAUGUGCUUUACAGGAAAAAACUAAUAAAAAAAAAAACUGCUUCAGACUUCCUGAGGACAUGUAUUCAGUGAUGAAAAAACCUGAGGUGUAGACAAAGAAAAAAAUCUGUUUGUUACAUUGUUCUGUAAUUUCCCUCACUCGCAUUCAGGCUUCUCUCUCAUGAUGCAAUCUGGCGUGGAGGAAGAGAGAGCAUUUGGUCCCCCCCCUUCUCUCCUUCUCUCUCGUGUCUAGUAGAGCUGUUAUCUUUGUACUACUACAGACCCUGUUUAGUUAAAUGUUUCCCAUGUCUAUCCACCUCUGUGAACAGGAGAAGGUGAAGUCUGUGUUUGACAACCUGAUUCAGCUGGAGCAUCUCAACAUCGUCAAGUUCCACAAGUACUGGGCUGACGUCAAUGACAUCAACCGCGCCAGGGUGAGUUCUGACUCUUCUACGAGAGGAAAAACCUUCAUGUUUGUAUCACAUUUGGCCUGGCCUGGUUGAUAUAUCAGGACUGAAUGCGAGUGAGGAGUGAGUGAAAUUACGGAACAAUGUAACAACAUAAUUUGAAUGAUUCUUCUUAACUGAUUUUUUUUCUUUGUCUACACCUCAGGUUAUUUUCAUCACUGAAUACAUGUCCUCAGGAAGUUUGAAGCAGUUUCUGAAGAAGACCAAGAAGAACCACAAGACUAUGAAUGAAAAGGUGCAGAUAUCAUAAUACAAUUGACCCUGCCCACCAAGUCACCUACAACAUAGUAGCACAUGCUUAGCAUAUAAGAAGACAUUCAUUAGUCUACAUGUAACAGAAAGUAUAUAAUUUGUUUGUUUGUUAUUUAGGCCUGGAAGAGAUGGUGCACCCAGAUCCUCUCAGCCCUCAGGUUAGUCUUUCUCUCACACAGACCAACUCUGUCAUAGCUGCAACACUAAUACCAGGACCCCAUAUUCAAUCAAAACGGGUAACCGGGUUCAUGCUCAGUAGGCACAAAACAGGGCUGAACGUUUUAAAACCGAGUGAAAUGGGGAGGUACUAAUACCCGAAGUUGUCCACAUGUAGUGCCCUACUGAACCUGACCCUGGUUUAUGAGGUAAGCCAAAAAAACACAGUGCUUUACUUCUCUGCUCUCUCUGAUGUGCCUCUGUAGUUACCUCCACUCCUGUGAGCCACCCAUCAUCCAUGGGAACCUGACCUGUGACACCAUCUUCAUCCAACACAACGGACUCAUCAAGAUAGGAUCAGGUAGGACUCUAGUCAUAAACACUGGUUUGUUACUGGCUAAGCAGCACCGUCCAGGCCAGCCCUGUAUGGGUUUAGCUUCCGGAUGUAACAUAUCUAUAACAGGUUAUAACAGAUUUAUAGACUGUCUAACCCGUGCCUAACCCAGUAUAUCUGUGUUUUUCUCCUUCAGUGGCUCCAGACACUAUCAACAACCACGUGAAAACCUGCAGAGAGGAGCAGAAAAAUCUGCACUUCUUCGCCCCCGAAUAUGGCGGUAAGAAGGACAUUUAUGGAUAGGUUGUGUGUUUGGUUAUUUGUAGGUUAUAAAGAAUACAUAAUAAUAAUAAUAAUAAUAUGCCAUUUAGCAGACGCUUUUAUCCAAAGCGACUUACAGUCGUGCAUGCAUAAAACAUUUUUUGUGUAUGGGUGGUCCCGGGGAUCGAACCCACUACCUUGGCGUUACAAGCGCCGUGCUCUACCAGCUGAGCUACAGAGGACCACAUAUAUUCGCAGGAAAUGAUAGACUAUUGAUUCACUCACACCAUUGUUUCCUAUCUUCCAUUCUCCCACCUGUAGCUGUUGCAGAUGUCACCACUGCAGUGGAUAUCUAUUCCUUUGGGAUGUGUGCCUUGGAGGUGAGAUGGGACACCUUAAAUCGACAUGUGAAAUUGGUGAUAUCUCUGUGCACCAGAAUAUGUGAUGUCAUCACUCCGCAUCAUUUUUAUGUUAUGGUGUUGCGACUUGUGUUGGGUGGGUGGUGGUGAUAUCAUUGUAUGUUGUGUAGAUGGCAGUAUUGGAGAUCCAGGGGAACGGAGAAUCUUCCUAUGUCUCUCAGGAGGCCAUCAACAAUGCCAUACAGUCACUGGAAGACCCACUGCAGAGGGUAGGAGAUUGUGUGUGUUGGCAUUCGUGUGUGUUUGCGUUUGUGUGUGUGUGUGUUUGUCUGUGUGCGUGCAUGUAUUAUAAGAUUUUCCCUGGAAAUGUGUGUGUGUGUGUACCCUGCAGGAGUUUAUCCAGACAUGUCUGGAGGCUGACCCGUUUAAGAGGCCUACAGCCAGAGAGCUGCUGUUCCACCAGGCUCUGUUUGAGGUGCCCCUGUUAAAGCUGCUAGCGGCACACUGCAUAGUCAGCCACCAGCGUGAGUCUUAUUGUACACACACACACUGCAUCAUCAGCCACCAGCGUGAGACUUAUUGUACACACACACACACACACUGCAUCAUCAGCCACCAGCGUGAGACUUAUUGUACACACACACACUGCAUCAUCAGCCACCAGCUUGAGUCUUAUUGUACACACACACACACACACACACACUGCAUCAUCAGCCACCAGCGUGAGACUUAUUGUACACACACACACACACACUGCAUCAUCAGCCACCAGCGUGAGACUUAUUGUACACACACACACACACACACACACACACACACACACACUGCAUCAUCAGCCACCAGCGUGAGACUUAUUGUACACACACACACACACACACACACACUGCAUCAUCAGCCACCAGCGUGAGUCUUAUUGUACACACACACACACACACACACACACACACACUGCAUCAUCAGCCACCAGCAUGAGACUUAUUGUACACACACACUGCAUCAUCAGCCACCAGCGUGAGACUUAUUGUACACACACACACACACACACACACACACACACACACACACACACUUCAUCAUCAGCCACCAGCGUGAGACUUAUUGUACACACACACACACACACACACACACACACACUUCAUCAUCAGCCACCAGCGUGAGACUUAUUGUACACACACACACACACACACACACUGCAUCAUCAGCCACCAGCGUGAGACUUAUUGUACACACACACACACACACACUGCAUCAUCAGCCACCAGCGUGAGACUUAUUGUACACACACACACACACACACACACACUGCAUCAUCAGCCACCAGCAUGAGACUUAUUGUACACACACACUGCAUCAUCAGCCACCAGCAUGAGACUUAUUGUACACACACACACACACACACACACACACACACACACACUUCAUCAUCAGCCACCAGCGUGAGACUUAUUGUACACACACACACACACACACACACACUGCAUCAUCAGCCACCAGCGUGAGACUUAUUGUACACACACACACACACACACACUGCAUCAUCAGCCACCAGCGUGAGACUUAUUGUACACACACACACACACACACACACACUGCAUCAUCAGCCACCAGCAUGAGACUUAUUGUACACACACACUGCAUCAUCAGCCACCAGCAUGAGACUUAUUGUACACACACACACACACACACACACACACACUUCAUCAUCAGCCACCAGCGUGAGACUUAUUGUACACACACACACACACACACACACACACACUGCAUCAUCAGCCACCAGCGUGAGACUUAUUGUACACACACACACACACACACUGCAUCAUCAGCCACCAGCGUGAGACUUAUUGUACACACACACACACACACACACACACUGCAUCAUCAGCCACCAGCUUGAGUCUUAUUGUACACACACACACACUGCAUCAUCAGCCACCAGCGUGAGUACCCCUACUAUCUUCUCCAUACCUCUCACAGAUAUGAUCCCUGAGAAUGCCUUAGAGGAGAUCACUAAGAACAUGGACCCCAACCUCAUCAUCGCUGAGAUAAAGGAGGGCGUGCAGCUCAAGUAAGAGAUGACAGUUUCUACAUCUUCAACUGAGUAAGCCACAGUUGGCUUUUGAUCUCAGGGUAUUUUCUUCAGAAACCUGUGCUGAUCCUGUUUAUUUUGUCAUCAGUCUGUCUCAGUUUCCUGCCUUGGAGCUGGAUAAGUUCCUGGAGGAUGUCCGGUAAGGAACUCCCCAUCAACUACUGACCAGGACCGGACAGAUGUCCAGCCUAUUAAGCCUUUUCACCACUAGAGGGCAUAGCUAACCCAGAGCGCUCAGAGCUCUACCACUACAGUACUAGACAAGUAUCUUGUAAUGCACUAUAGAAGUAUUUAGCUUAGACUGUUAUUCUGCUUUGCCUGUAUCUCAAAUAUUAGUGCUUGUAUCCAGCCCUUCCCCCACUCUUACUUUUAAUUGAAGUAUUACUAGAAUCUGUAUUUGAAAAAUCAGUGAGAAUACCUGCAAACUCAAGAUUUCCUCCCGGAGUUUUGAGUUUGCAAGGUUUUGAAGAAUCAGGGGUCUUCACUUCGGCCUUAAUUAAAUGUGUGUAAGAUUUGAACCUAACCCCCCCCCCCCCCCCAAAAAAAGAAAAUAAUAUAAAGUUGGUCACAAACAAAUAAAAUGUGUACUUUACCUGUCUAAUCAUGAAAUGUAAAGUAACCCCGCUGCCCUCUCUACCCAACAGGAAUGGCAUCUACCCCCUGACAGCAUUCGGCCUGCCCUCUCACCAGCAGCCCCAGCAGUCCCCUGUCAAGUCCCCCAUUGUCACCCCCUCUGUCAAAUCCCCCACCCCAGAACCUGCUGAACUAGAGACACGGAAGGUGAGGGGAGGGAGGGAGGGAGGGAGUGGGGAGAGUAUACAAAUCCAAUCAAUUAACUAAUAAUGGUAAUACAUUUUAUUUGUUGGACACCUUUCUGAACACCUAUCUACAUUUCUUACCUUCUGCAGGUUGUUCAGAUGCAGUGUAAUAUUGAGCCGGUGGAGGAGGGUGCAAAACAUCAUGUAAUUAGCAUUAAUGUCAUUAUUUUUAGAUCAGUGAAUACAAGUUAGAUGACAUGGACAAGUGUGUUCUAGUGGCCAGUCACUGAAUGUGUAACCGCUACAUCUCCUUUCCCUCCUCUUCCUCCCUCCACAGCUGACACUACUGUUGAAGCUGGAGGACAAACUCAACAGACACUUAAGCUGUGACUUGUUACCCAGUAAGAACAACAGAUAGAAACACACAGAACAGCCAAAAGAAAAGGAAGACUGCACACAUACUGAGAUCUAUGCUAUUGCCAACCCAGUGUGCUUUAUUAGACAACGCUUGGACCUUUAGGUCUUCUAUAAUAAUAACCUGACAAUCCACAGCCCCUGUACUGCUCCCAAGGGGGCCAAUAUGAUUAAGUCUUACUGGAUGGUCCCUCUCCUAACAGGCCAGACAGACCACAAGUCUCGAUCAAACUAUGUGUUGUUGACAGAUGUUUGGGUAAGAUAACAUAACCACACAGCAUUCCUUUAAACCAGUAAUGGGCAACUGGCAGCCCUCAGAUCAAUUUUAAAAAUAUAUAUAUAAUUUUAAAAAAUGUUGGGGGGGACUCAGUUGGGGUCUCAACUUACUGUUGUGAGUUAGAAUAGUAGAAUACACAAGGUGGAUGUGGGUACCAGAGCCGCAAGCAACUGCUGCCCCUCAUGAUGAGUUCAGAUUUAUUGUGGCCCCCACCCCCAUCAAAGUUGCCCAUUCCUGCAUUAAACAAUGUCAGAUUUCACAAUCCCAGCUCUUGUGUCGGACUCUUGUGUGUAUGUUGCCUGAAAAUGGCAGGACUUUGGACAUCCAAGCCUGUCUGAGUGUGUGUUUUGUCUUUAUGACUCCAGACACUGGCCUGCCCUAGUGUACUGUAACCCCAGCCUAAAUCACAUCAGUGGGGCUGCUCCUAUCGCAUGCACAGCUGCCACCAACAGACUGGACGUGCAUGCAUGUGCCGUGUAUGUGUGAAAAGUAGUGGGAGAGUCUAACGUGCAGAUAAGGUGGAAUGGGGAGUGUGUGGGGGGGGGAUGCAUGGAAGGCCAUAUUAGGUACAAACAGGAUAUUAUUGAACCCUGUAGGGAAUAGAGGUCUAAGUCAGGGAUAUACAUGGAACACAAGUCUUUCCAUGGCCAGGAGGGUGUGUCCAGACACACACAUGACAGGCGUGUUGAGAAUGUCAGGCGUGUGUGCAUGCUGCUGGCAGCUGUUCUCUGGGGAGUGCUGGGCCAAUGUGUGCAUAUACACACGCACACUCACAGAUUUGCCUGCACAUAUGCAAACACAUAUUCUUAUCUACGCUCACAAACACACACACAUGCAUAUUCCUUCCCAUACAUGUACCUCUUAUUGAGAAUUAUGCGUCUAUCAGUGAUGGUAAGAUUAUAACAGGAAGAGACUGGGCACUACGGUUUCUGUCUAAAGUCCAAUGUAACUCUCUGUUGUGGUUACUGUUGGUGUUACUAACACAGUUAAUUUUGCACUUAAAGGGAAACUUCACCGCUAGACACUUGGGAGGAAAUGUGUGCGUUUCCACUGACCCUGCUGUCUGUCCUGUUUCAGAUGAGAAUGUACAGGAACUGGCUGUUGAGCUGGUACAACUGGGCUUCAUCAGCGAGGUAAGGGUGUACUUGUGUGUGAGAGAGAGAGAGGAACAAGUGUGUGUACUGUCUAGGGGUUCUGUGGUAGAGAGGUGUGUGUGUGUACUGUCUAGGGGUUCUGUGGUAGAGAGGUGUGUGUGUGUACUGUCUAGGGGUUCUGUGGUAGAGAGGUGUGUGUGUGUACUGUCUAGGGGUUCUGUGGUAGAGAGGUGUGUGUUUUUUUAAUUAUUUUUAUUUUUAAUUUUUUUGGGUCAUUUAGCAGACGCUCUUAUCCAGAGCGACUUACAGGAGCAAUUAGGGUUAAGUGCCUUGCUCAAGGGCACAUCGACAGAUUUUUCACCUAGUCGGCUCAGGGAUUAGAACCAGCGACCUUUCGGUUACUGGCACAACGCUCUUAACCACUAAGCUACCUGUGUACUGUCUAGGGGUUCUGUGGUAGAGAGGUGUGUGUGUGUACUGUCUAGGGGUUCUGUGGUAGAGAGGUGUGUGUGUGUGUACUGUCUAGGGGUUCUGUGGUAGAGAGGUGUGUGUGUGUGUGUGUACUGUCUAGGGGUUCUGUGGUAGAGAGGUGUGUGUGUGUACUGUCUAGGGGUUCUGUGGUAGAGAGGUGUGUGUGUACUGUCUAGGGGUUCUGUGGUAGAGAGGUGUGUGUGUGUGUACUGUCUAGGGGUUCUGUGGUAGAGAGGUGUGUGUGUACUGUCUAGGGGUUCUGUGGUAGAGAGGUGUGUGUGUAUCAGGGUCUGUGAGAGUGUAAGUGUUGUAGCUGGCAUAGGAGAGGCAGUGAGAGUGGAUGAGUGUAUCUGUUCAUUAGAGGGUCACACUUUUAGCUCUGACUGACCCCUAUAAACACACACACACACACACACACACACACACACACACACGCAUGCCAGAUAGCAGCUCCUGCUCUCCACUCUAAUACAGAUAGGACUGUCUGUUUUUAGAUUCUCCCACUCUGUACCUACAGUGCCUUCAGAAAGUAUUCACAUCCCUUGACUUUUUCCACAUUUUAGUGUUACAGCCUGAAUUUAAAAUAUAUUACAUUGAGAUUGUGUGUCACUGGCCAACACACAAUACCCCAUAAUGUCAAAGUGGAAUUAUGUAUUUUUUUUAAAACAAAUUAAUUUAAUAAUACAAUUAUUAUUUAUUAUUAAUAAAAUUCUGAAAUGUCUUGAGUCAAUAAGUAUGUAACCCUUUUUGUUAUGGCAAGCCUAAAUAAGUUCAGGAUUAAAAAUGUACUUAAUAACUUGCAUGGACUCACUCUGUGUGCAAUACUAGUGUUUAACAGGAUUUUUGAACGACUACCUCAUCUCUGUACCCCACACAUACAAUUAUCUGUAAGGUCCCUCAGUCGAGCAAUGAAUUUCAAACACAGAUUCAACCACAAAGACCAGAGAUGUUUUCCAAUGCCUCGCAAAGAAGGGCACCUAUUGGUAGAUUGGUUUGAAAAAAACUGACAUUGAAUAUCCCUUUGAGCAUGGUGAAGUUAUUAAUUAUACUUUGGAUGGUGUAUAAAUACACUUAGUCACUACAAGGAUAUAGGCGGCCUUCCUAACUCAGUUGCCGGAGAGGAAGGAAACCGCUUAGGGAUUUCACCAUGAGGCCAAUGGUGACUUUAAAACAGUUACAGCAUUUAAUGUCUGUGAUAGGAGAAGGAUAGGAGGUCCUUCAGAAUGGCGCCGGAGAAGAUGGCUGCUGUUUUACAGCCCUCUAACCAAUUGUACUAUUAUGUGUGUUUUUCCACGUUAUUUGUAAUUUAUUUUGUACGUAAUGUUUCUGCCAUCGUCUCUUAUAACCAAAAAGAGCUUCUGGAUAUCAGGACAGCGAUUACUCACCUCGUAUUGGACGAAUAAUUUUUGUUCAACGAGGCGGCCGCGAAGGAUAUCCUACAGACACCCGACAAGGCCCAAAUCCCCGUCAUUCGCAUGAGGAAGAGACGGAGAUAUCGUGGACGUAGGUCGGGGUGCCUUGUAAGGAUCCGACGGCGAGCGAGUAAACUGCCUCUUCCAUCAAUCCUAUUAGCCAAUCUUCAAUCAUUGGAAAAUAAAUUGGAUGACCUAAGAUUACGGUUAUCCUACCAACGGGACAUUAAAAACUGUAAUAUCUUAUGUUUCACCGAGUCGUGGCUGAACGACGACAUGGAUAACAUACAGCUAGCAGGCUAUACGCUACAUCGGCAGGAUAGAACGGCUGACUCCGGUAAGACAAGGGGUGGCGGUCUGUGUAUAUUUGUAAACAACAGCUGGUGCACAAAAUCAAAUACUAAGUCUCGAGGUUUUGCUCGCCUGAGGUAGAGUAUCUUAUGAUAAGCUGUAGACCACACUAUUUGCCAAGAGAGUUUUCAUCUAUAUAUUUCAUAGCUGUCUAUUUACCACCACAAACCAAUGCUGGCAUUAAGAUUGCACUGAAUGAGCUGUAUAAGGCCAUAAGUCAACAGGAAAACGCUCAUCCAGAGGCAGCACUCCUAGUGGCCGGGGACUUUAAUGCAGGGAAACUUAAAUCCGUUCUACCUAAUUUCUACCAGCAUGUUAAAUGUGCAACCAGAGGAAAAAAAACUCUAGACCACCUUUACUCCACACACAGAGACACAUACAAAGUUCUCCCUUGCCCUCCAUUUGGCAAAUCUGACCAUAACUCUAUCCUCCUGAUUCCUGCUUAUAAGCAAAAACUAAAGCAGGAAGCACCAGUGACUAGGUUAAUUAAAAAAAGUGGUCAGAUGACGCAGAUGCUAAGCUACAGGACUGUUUUGCUAGCACAGACUGGAACAUGUUCUGGGAUUCUUCAGACAGCAUUGAGGAGUACACCACAUCAGUCACUGGCUUCAUCAAUAAGUGCAUCGAUGAUGUCGUCCCCACAGUGACCGUACGUACAUACCCCAACCAGAAGCCAUGGAUUACAGGAAACAUCCGCACUGAGCUAAAGGGUAGAGCUGCCGCUUUCAAGGAGCGGGACUCUAACCCGGACGCUUAUAAAAAAUCCCGCUAUGCCCUCCGACGAACCAUCAAACAGGCAAAGAGUCAAUACAGGACUAAGAUUGAAUCGUACUACACCGGCUCUGACACUCGUCGGAUGUGGCAGGGCUUGAAAACUAUUACAGACUACAAAGGGAAGCACAGCCGCGAGCUUCCCAGUGACACAAGCCUACCAGACGAGCUAAACCACUUCUAUGCUCGCUUCGAGGCAAGCAACACUGAAGCAUGCAUGAGAGCACCAGCUGUUCCGGAUUACUAUGUGAUCACGCUCUCCGUAGCCGAUGUGAGUAAGACUUUUAAGCAGGUCAACAUUCACAAGGCCGCAGGGCCAGAUGGAUUAUCAGGACGUGUACUCCGAGCAUGUGCUGACCAACUGGCAAGUGUCUUCACUGACAUUUUCAACAUGUCCCUGACUGAGUCUGUAAUACCAACAUGUUUCAAGCAGACCACCAUAGUCCCCGUGCCCAAGGACACUAAGAUAACCUGCCUAAAUGACUACCGACCCGUAGCACUGACGUCUGUAGCCAUGAAGUGCUUUGAAAGGCUGGUCAUGGCUCACAUCAACACCAUUAUCCCAGUAACCCUAGACCCACUCCAAUUUGCAUACCGCCCCAACAGAGCCACAGAUGAUGCAAUCUCUAUUGCACUCCACACUGCCCUUUCCUACCUGGACAAGAGGAACACCUACGUGAUAAUGCUAUUCAUUGACUACAGCUCAGCAUUCAACACCAUAAUGCCCUCAAAGCUCAACACUAAGCUAAGGAUCCUGGGACUAAACACCUCCCUCUGCAACUGGAUCCUAGACUUCCUGACGGGCCGCCCCCAGGUGGUAAGGGUAGGUAACAACACAUCUGCCACACUGAUCCUCAACAUGGGGGCCCCUCAGGGGUGCGUGCUCAGUCCCCUCCUGUACUCCCUGUUCACCCAUGACUGCAUGGCCAGGCACGACUCCAACACCAUCAUUAAGUUUGCCAACGACACAACAGUGGUAGGCCUGAUCACCGACAACGAUGAGACAGCCUAUAGGGAGGAGGUCAGAGACCUGGCCGUGUGGUGCCAGGAUAACAACCUCUCCCUCAACAUGACCAAGACAAAGGAGAUGAUUGUGGACUACAGGGAAAAAAAAGAGGACUGAGCACGCCCCCAUUCUCAUCGACGGGGCUGUAGUGGAACGGGUUGAGAGCUUCAAGUUCCUUGGUGUCCACAUCACCAACGAACUAUCAUGGUCCAAACACACCAAGACAGUCGUGAAGAGGGCACGACAAAGCCUAUUCCCCCUCAGGAGACUGAAAAGAUUCGGCAUGGGUCCUCAGAUCCUCAAAAAAUUCUACAGCUGCACCAUCGAGAGCAUCCUGACUGGUUGCAUCACCGCCUGGUAUGGCAACUGCUUGGCCUCCGACCGCAAGGCACAACAGAGGGUCGUGCGUACGGCCCAGUACAUCACUAGGGCCAAGCUUCCUGCCAUCCAGGACCUCUAUACCAGGCGGUCAGAGGAAGGCCCUCAAAAUUGUCAAAGAGUCCAGCCACCCUAGUCAUAGACUUUUCUCUCUGCUACCGCACGGCAAGCGGUACCGGAGUGCCAAGUCUAGGUCCAAAAGACUUCUCAACAGCUUCUACCCCCAAGCCAUAAGACUCCUGAACAGCCAAUCAUGGCUACCCGGACUAUUUGCACUGCCCCCCCACCCCAUCUUUUUACGCUGCUGCUACUCUGUUAAUUAUUUAUGCAUAGUCACUUUAACUUUACCCACAUGUACAUAUUACUUCAACUACCUCAACUAGCCGGUGCCCCCCGCACAUUGACUUGCACCGGUACCCCCCUGUAUAUAUAGCCUCCCUACUGUUAUUUUAUUUUACUUCUGCUCUUUUUUUCGCAACACUUUUUUGUUGUUUUAUUUUACUUUUUUAUAAAAAAUAAAUGCACUGUUGGUUAAGGGCUGUAAGUAAGCAUUUCACUGUAAUGUCUGCACCUGUUGUAUUCGGCGCAUGUGGCCAAUAAAAUUUGAUUUGAUUUGAGAACAAAGGAUUGAUCAACAACAUUGUAGUUACUCCACAAUACUAACCUAAAUGACAGAGUGAAAAGAAGGAAGCCUGUACAGAAGAAAAAUAUUCAAAAACAUGCAUCCUGUUUGCAAUAAGGCACUAAAGUAGUACUGCAAAAAAUGUGGCAAAGCAAUUAACUUUUUGUUUUGAAUACAAAGUGUUAUGUUUGGGGCAAAUGAACACAACACGUCACUGAGUACCACUCUUCAUAGUAUUUUCAAGCAUGGUGGUGGCUGCAUCAUGUUAUGGGUAUGCUUGUCAUCGGCAAGGACUAGGGAGUUUUUUGGGAUAAAAAUAAACGGAAUAGAGCUAAGCACAGGCAAUAUCCUAGAGGAAAACUUGGUUCAGUCUGCUUUCCAACAGACACUGGGAGACAAAUUCACCUUUCAGCAGGACAAUAACCUAAAACACAAGGCCAAAUAUACACUGGAGUUUCUUACUAAGACGACAGUGAAUGUUCCUGAGUGGCUUAGUUACAGUUUUGACUUAAAUCAGCUUGAAAAGCUAUGGCAAGACUUGAAAAUGGCUGUCUAGCAAUGAUCAACAACCAACUUGACAGAAUUUUUUAAAGAAUAAUGUGCAAAUAUUGUACAAUUCAGUUGUAGAAAGCUCUUAGGCUGUAGUCGCUGCCAAAGGUGAUUUGAUUCUAACAUGUAUUGACUCGGGUGUGAAUACUUAUGUAAAUUACAUAUUUCUGUAUUUCAUUUUCAACAAUUUGCAAAAAUGUCUAAACAUGUUUUCACUUUGUCAUUAUGGGGUAUUGUGUGUAGAUGGGUGAGAAAAAAAUAUUUAAUCAAUUUGGAAUUCAGGCUCUAACAACAAACUAGAAUAAGUCAAGGGUUAUGAAUACUUUCUGAAGGCGCUGUAUAUUUCUGAAGCGUGGCAUACAUAAUAUCUCCCACCCACAGCUCUUGAAUCUUCAAUGUGUGUUCCUGCUCCACAACAUGUGAAUUGAUUGAUUGAUUGUCCCUACAGGUGGACCAGAGCAGGAUGGCCACUGUGCUAGAAGAGGCCUUCACCAAGUUCUUCAGCAGGAACGGUUCCCUCAACCCUGUGACUGUGUCCUCAUAA